AUGGAUAAUGAUACAAAUGAGACCCAGGAGCAAAUCAAAAUCUCCGUCUUUACACCAAUAAUAUAUGUGGGGGUUAUGUUGACGGCCUUCAUAUUCUUUACAAUUGUUUACAGAAGAAGGAAGAUUUCCCACCUUACCCAGGUAGAACCUAUUUUCAAAGAGAAUCAUCCAGCAGCAUUGUACAACUUCUUGAAGGAACAGUACAAGAGUCCGGAUGUAGGCAAAGACUCAAAACCUCAUGAAAAAGUGAUGAAAGCUGCAUUAUUAAGAAGAGCAGUGGAAUCAGUUCGAAGAUCGUUAAAAUUGAAAGAAAAUGAACCUGUUUUUACUAAACUAUAUCUGGAAGGGCUAAUAGGUGAUGACAUUUUCAAACAAUUUGAGAUUGAAGCUAAGCUUCAGGAAUAUGAACUUAAAGAUAUUGCACAGGAAUGUGAAACAUAUAAGAAAGGUUGGGCACCUCAAUUCUUUCCCGUUGCACAAGAAAUAUGUUUCAAUGAAGCAUUAAGAAGAAGAUUAAAUGCUGUAGAUGACAGAGAAAAGUGUUUUGCUGAACUCUGGGAAUAUUACGUCGAUAAAUCAGAAAACGAUUCCAAAACUUCUACCGAAAACCUGACCCAGAAUGCUAAUUCAAAAUCCAAAGAAUAUUCACCAGAAGGAUUAUCCCACGAAGAAGAAGGCGCAAAAUUAAAUGGAGGUAAAAAAAAGACAAGCAAAAACAAGAAGAAAUGA